AUGAACAACCAACUUUACCAGCAUCCACUCUUCACCGUCAGGUCAGAGCUCUUGAGCCCUGAUGAACAAGUAUCCUUGUCAUAUCAGCGCGCAAAGCUCGUUAUGCAAACAUACCGUCUCACUGCACAAGAUAUCCAAUUUUGCUCGCCUAGAUUUUGGCAACUGAUAUGCGACCCAAUCCUCUCACUCGACAUCGCUAUGUUUACCAUCCUAGCCGCUCACAUCGGUCUGGCUAUCGGUACAUUAUCCUGUCAUUUAAAGGCCCGGCCCGACCUCAGGCCUCUUGUUCAACGCCUUCUGAGGUUUGAAACUGUCGGCCUGUACCUUCUAACCGAAAGGGGUCACGGUCUUGAUUCUUUCAACAUUGAGACUACCGCAACGAAAACUCCGGACGGCUACAUCUUACAUACACCACGCGAAGAAGCAGCCAAAUUUAUGCCCGCUUCGACGCCAAAGUUCAACAUUCCUAAAGUUGCUCUUGUUAUGGCUCGGCUGAUAGUCGACGGUGAAGAUCGCGGCUGUCGCUUUUUCAUAGUUCCAAUUUGCAACGAAAAAGAGAUGUAUCGCGGUGUUCAAUCCACCAGGCUUCCAACACGAAGCGGAACCGGCCCUUUGGACUUCUCCAUUACAACCUUCAAUCAAGUCCACCUUCCUCCAACAGCCCUUGUUGCCUCUGACAUCAUGAACAUUUCAAAGCCUGCCCGGCCACUCGAAGCAUGGUGGAACGAAAUUUGGCGAAUCCAACUUGGCACCAUGGCUGUUCCCGCUCCCUGGAUUACAGCUAUCAAGUCUGUGGCCUUUAUCGGCGGCAAGUACUCUAUACGACGGUGCAUUCUCGGCAAAAACGACAUUCCUAUGCCGAUCAUUUCAUUCCGUACUCAGCAAUGGCCAAUUGCUCAUGCCACAGCCGUCGGAAUGGUGAUGGCCAACUGGUACCCGACUGCUGUCCAAGACGCAAUGGCAAACAGCGAUCAUCGACUUCGUCAUGCUAUGUCCGUUGUCAUUAAAACCACCGUCUGCCGGCAUUUCCAGCGGUGUGUACCGGAAGUCGCUGAACGAUGUGGUGCCCAAGGUACUUUCGCCCAGAAUUAUAUGGCGAAGAUAGAGAACGAUGGAAAAGGUGUGAUCAUUGCCGAAGGGGAUGUCCUUACCCUCUGUAUUCGACUGUUCUCGGAGUUACUUCAAGGCCACUUUGAACUCCCACUUCCCGAUCCAUCAGAAUCGUUGCUUGCGCAUCACGCUGCCUCAAUUUUACAAGAGAACCACGACCUAUUCCUCUCUCUCAAAUGCGAACAUCGCAGUGAUUCAUUUAAUUUCCUCAUCCUGCCCCAGUCAGAAAAGGUCAUCGAAGCCAUUGGUCAUGCGAUGGCCUAUUCAGCCGCGGCCAAAGCAGGCCUUCCGAAGCCAAUCCUUGAUGUGUACGAAUCUGCGAUUAUCCGGCAAGAUCCCGCCUGGUACUCAGAGCAAGGCGGCCUGACGCGAAUGGAGCAACGAAUUCGCGAAGAGGCUGCUGUUUCGUCAUUUAUGGUUCACCUGGACGAUUUCCUCGAGCAACUGGAUGUUGAAAAUUACGUCUCUGCCCCAAUCGUCUCUGACCAUGCGUGGAAGUCCUAUCUAGAAGAACUCACGACAUAUUCGGGCAAUGCAAUUCCUUCGGUGGAACGACUCCAGGCCGUCCUGUAA